GCAAGGAACAGCGUCAUGAAUUCGUCUUUCUCAUGGAAACAAGUAGCCGUCGAGCAAAUAUAUUCCUUGCGGAAAUCCCACCAACCAGCGAAGCCAAAUGGCUUACCUUUAACCAUGUCUUGGAAGCUCAGUCGGUUUGAUCUGGUUCAUGACAGGUGGACAAAGAUCCCCCAUACCCGGGGAGUCUCUCUAUGAGAAACGCCCUUGCCGCAAAGUGAGCGAGAUGCACUAUGACUGAACCGAGCGUGGAGUCGUCCGAGUUUUCCGCAGUUGACCAGGGAUCCACACAAACCGACUACAACAUCUCGAACAUGGACAUUAUACAUUGCGUCGGGGAGCAAUCGCCAAGAAGCUCAGUGACGCCCUCGUUAUCCUCUGGAAUGGUCAAGGCUUCGGUCAAUUCUAGAAAUUUCAUAGGGUAAAAUUUGAUCCGUCGGGGGCGGCAGUGAGAGCUCGUUUUGUGUCCGGACCGGACAUAAUCUCUCCCCAGUUGCGUUCGUAAAGGCGGUUGAUGUUAGACGAUGCCUCCUUUACACUUUGACAAAGCUUUUUGAUGCUUUUGCCUUACAGACAUAUAAGCAGGACAAUAUCUGCGCUGAAUCUCAACAAGCAAAAUUUUCUUUUUUUUUGGAUGCGCCCCUAUGUUUGCCCUAAGCUGCACUGAAUUGCACUCCGCCACCCUGAGUUUACCCCGUAACUUACUUGGCUUGGCAAAUUCCUUUCGUACCUAAUAAAUGCCCAAGGAUUAUUACAAAC